AUGACCGAAGAUACUCAAUCCAAGCGCUUUGCUCCCAAGGUGCCAGUUCAGCUGGACCCACCAAAGGACGACCUAAUCUCCCAGGAGGAAUUGGCCAAAUGCGACGGUACCGAUCCCAGUCGCCCAACCCUGGUCGCCAUCAAGGGCGUGAUCUUUGAUGUGUCGCGUAAUGAAGCCUACGGAUCUGCUGGGUCAUAUCGCGUCUUCGCUGGCAAGGAUGCCUCUCGUGCUCUCGCCCGCUCGUCGCUAAAGCCUGAAGACUGUGUACCGGAAUGGUAUGACCUGGAGGACAAGGAUAAAACCACGCUGGAGGAAUGGUUUACUUUCUUCAGCAAGCGAUACAACAUUGUUGGAAAGGUGGAGGGUGCGAAGAACCUCUAA